AUGAUCACACUAUCUCAGAUCCAGCUUGUGAUCUUCUUCUUUCUAAUCGCUAAUGUAGUAUCGUUUCAGACAAAUCACCAACAGCUGAAAACUAGUUCUGGUACCACAUCGCUGGCAGCAUCCGAAGCCUACCCCACGUUCACACAAGUCAUAUCAGAUGUUGAUGACACAUUAAAAAGCAGCGGUGGAGUGAAUGUUGGGGGAGUGGCUCUGGGUGGAAUCGAUGUGCAAUAUGAAAGAGGCGACUUUUACCCAGGCGUAGCCGAGUUCAUGCUGGAGAUAAGUCGACAUGGAUUGUCUGAUGAAGACUCCAAGUGUCCUCCGAAAGUGGCAAUUCUAACAGCAAGGGCUGAAGAGUUCAAGAUGGCGCUUGAGAUCAAGGAAGACAGCAAGCUUGCUGUAGCCAUGAGGACGGCGGGAGAACGAGCUGGUAUUUCCGGCUGGGGAGUUGGUCCUGUACUGUACGGGAGCGUAGCUGAGUGGGUGAUUCAAUUUCGCAAGGGCUUGAGAAAGUUUACAAACUUUGAACGUCUAAUACAACAAGAUCCAACAGGAAUGAUUAUGCAGUAUGUUUAUGUUGGGGAUACUGGGGAACUGGACCAAGAAGCAGGUGAAACAAUGCUACGGGAAUAUCCUGAAGUUGUCAAGGCUGUGUUUCUUCAUGUUGUUUCGGACGAACUGGAUCCACCGCCUACCAUUCCUCCGCCCAAAAUCAUCAAUGGGAGACCACUGGUUUUCUUCAAGACGUACGUUGGCGCAGCUGUGGACGCAGUGCAACUCGGAUUUAUGGAAGUCAGCGGUUUGGAAACUGUAAUCCUCGCCGCCACCGAGCGGUUGGGCAACACUCCCAGAGAGAGCGACAAGUGGCGUGACCUGCAGAAUGAUAUUGGCCGAGCCGAAACUAUUUUGAGUCAAUAUUCCCUGUAG